AUGUUGUCCUUUGCUGGACUAGAUGAAUUUGGACGAGAUGUGUUGGAUUUCGAGAGAAACAGAGAAAUGAAACAAAUGGGAUACACUUUUGAUCCUAGAGACUGGAACAGAGGCAUCGAGAAUGUGAAUGUCAAAGAUACCAGUAAGUAAUUUAAAAAUGAAGUUUUUAAAGUUAUUUUUAAAUUACUGUUUUGAAUACAUCUUUUAAAGUUAUCUUUAUAUAAAAAUAGGCGUUAUGUAUUUAUGCUACCUUUAUAAAGUAUACUAUUUUACUUUUUAACAGCACUUUUUAUAUACAUGUUAAGUAUGUAACCUGCCGUUAUUUAAAAUUUACUUUGGUGUCGCUUAUUCGAAACUCUUAAGCAAACAUGACUACUCUACUUAGCACUUUGGGUCUAUUGUGUACCUAGGUAAAGACAAUUGUAUCUUGUAUUAAGAGGUUUGCGUCGUAUCCGGCCAUCUAAUGGGCGUCAAAGGUCAACAUGGCAUUUGAUAUACCACGGAAGGCCAUGUUGUGAUGACAUCUUGGCUUUAUCGCUUAAGACUUGUGAUUUAAAUUUGAAGUAGGACUUAUUAUUGUAAUAGAAAUUUGCUAUUUUAUAUAUAGUUACCUUUCCUAGCUGCAUAAAAUAUGUCAGAGUGAUGAGCAUAUAACAAACAAUUACAUGUUCAUUCCUCGCUUCUUAUGAAUGGUAGAAUACCAUGUAAUUAGCAAUUACUUUCACAUGUAUGACCUUUUUUGUUUUCUACAACUGUUGCGCAACGCUUUAAUAAGAACAGGCCAAUUAUAUAUUGUCCACAAAUAUGUUGGUAUGUUGUCGCAGCAGGAAGUCGUUCAAAUACAAGGACUUUUGCUGUUUUAUGUUGACGUUUUUACAGAUUUUGUAUUUCAUUUAUGCUUUUUGAGUUUACUUUUUCUAUUUUAAAAUUUAUUUUAGUUAUUUACAGUAUGACAUUUAACAUAUGUUAUAAUAUAUCUGCUUUAUAUGUCAAAGUAUGUUCUUUAUAUAUUAUUUUCAUUUAAAAUUUGAAAAUUCUACAAGUCGAAGUGCUUUGACUUGUUUUUAAGAACAUUAGACACUCCGAGAAAUUAGGUUCAAGAGCGCCGGGAAAGGUAAUUCGAUCGGUUACCUUAGGAGACAAGAGGGCCUAAGGACAAUAUUCAGGUGAAGAGGCAAGUCAGCGGGUUUUCGGGAUUUGGCUUUUGAUUAGGAUGUCUUGUUAUAGGUCUAGAAGCAUUAUUAUUUAGUUUUAAUGACUUAAAACUACUGUAAUACAGAUAAAUUUGAAUAGUCUUACAAUUGUUAAAAUCAUUUUUUUUUGCAAAAAUAAGUGAUUCUUUGGAUAAAAUAAGGUUACACCCGACUUCCAAGGAGUGUUGGCAGAACUUUGUUCAUAAUUUAGUUUCGCGCGAUUUCCGUUUCUUUGUGCAAAUUUUAAUCUUCUAUAACGACGCUUUUCAAACGGCCGUUUUAGCGAGCCGCGCCCAUAAUUGGCCUAGAUUUUUGGGCCGUUUUUAAAAACACACUUCAAAUCCAAUUAACCGCGCCGAUUUUCGACCUCCGGGGAUGCGCCCAACGUUGUUUUGGUUAUGCUAAUUUUAAUGUGCGGGGCGUUCCCACAUUCGGAGCUGGGGACUAAUUGGCAUUUUUAUAGUUGGAUAUUGUAAAAUACGGACUGAUUAAAUAUUAUAUGAAAAUAUAUUUAAUAUGGAUUUAAGGUCUUUAAAAGUACUUGAUAACUUUGUUACUUUAGGCAGUUCUUGUGAAAUUUUAAAUAGUUUUACUGACAGUAAGCUUUAACCUAUAUCAACCCCUUUGGUCAUUCUUCCCCACUUGUUGCUUACAAUUCUUCUCCAAUCCCACCCAAACCUAAUUCUCAAUUUGUUAUUCUAGUGUCCAUUCAAACAUGGAACGAAAGUUCCGCGCUUUUCCAAAAUUUUUAUGCGCCAACAAAUGUCCUGGAAGUACGCAAUUUUAAUAUUCGAAUUAGAAUUUCCUUAGGCCACAACCUUUGCGUAUUACUUAAGGGCUUACCAAUUUCGCACUGGUCAUUUUUCGAAAUUUUAUGAAAUUUUGGGGCGCGUGGAACUGCCAUUACUUUAUGAUAGUUUGAGCAUUAUUAUUUUACUUUAUGGUUAUUCUGAGCUUUAUUAUAGUUUUUUAAAUUGUUUUAACAUCUUAUUAUAAUUUUUUUAAAUUUAGUGUUUGUUUAUUGCUUUAGGGCUUGAAAAAAUAAAAUUUAUUUAAUUAUAUAUUUUACCCUUUAAUUUUAAAUUAGGCUAACAAAAGUUUAUCUAAACUACGCCUUUUUUUCUUCCUAACCUACUCCAAGCCUCCCUUUUAAAAACGAGUAAUUUAAUUACUCUAAUAUUACUGUUUACUCUGCUCUUCUUGCAAACUUUCUUCGUAUGCAAAUUUUGCGUCUUCAUGCAAAUUCCGAAGCCUUUGUCUCUGUUUACCUCGGGGCAUUUCUCUUCUGUUUACAUUUGCUAAUGAAAGGACAAGUGUUAGGGAGUCUUUUUUCGAAGUUUCAAAACUUGUAAGACCAUAAUUUGCGUACUAAUUUGAGGGAUUUGCACGGCGUCAAGGUCGACACACUUAUUGUCUUGUAAUGUUUCUGCUUUAUUUGGGGGAAUUACUGUAUUUCGAGUUUGGGCAGGUCAUAAAAGAGUUAAUGUGUUGUACGUUUAGACUAUUAUGUAGAUAAUGUUAACAGCUCAGACACUACUAUAUUAUACAUGUCGUUAGUAGUAUCUCUUCAUGCCGACGAUGUUAUAAUGAAAAGCCACAAAGUGGUUAUAAGCGAGUUGUAAUUAUGAUGGAUUGAAGCAUGUCAUUUGAGCUUCUCUUUUUCUGUGUCCCUCUCUUCGGAAUCUAUACUAUUUUCGGCAUUUUUCUUUUUGAUUUGGUUUUGAGGAUCGGUUGACAAGAAAGGGGAAGGAAAAGUUCAAAAAAUUUUCUCAAAUUUACCUGUGGCCAAGUUUUUUCAAACGACCACUUUUCACUUUUUUCAUAAUUUGGCCUGGGGCGUUAUGAAGAAUGGCUUUUUGUAAAGUGAGCUAUAAGCAAGGGGGGGGGGGGGGAUGGAGCUAUGGGUAAGGGGCAGAGUAUGAAGGUUUGUGUUAGCGGAUGAUUGGAGAUCGUUAAAAUCGAUUUGUUGAUGCUAUGGAAGUAACAUAGCGCGUUAUACGUAAUGUCAUUUCGGAGAUUGUUUUGUAAAAUACGUUUUACAAUUGUUAGGUACAGGUCUUAUUGGAGUUACUAUAAAGUUGUUAGCUAUCUUCAGAUUUAAAGUACACAAUUUUUUCAUAUUUUUUGUAAUUUUGUAAAAAUUCACAAAGUAAAGUAGUAUAAUGGCACGCGUUUGUGGAAACAUAACCGGUCGGUCAAUUUCGAGGGAAACCGCCGUUCGAAGUGGAUAAUAAUCGGAUUAAUCGGACCAAGAUAAAACCUUCACAAGACGAACACCCUAAAACAGAAUAUAUACAUUUUUGGAUUCUAUUUUUACUUUUCGAGUUUAAGAGUAGUUUAUGUGUUUAGAUCGUAAAGAUUUAGUACAGUAAUUAGGACUUGAAAUCAUCAAAAAAAUUUUCUAAAUUUGAGGUAUUAACCUACUUUGAACUGGGUAUUGUCAUAUUUCUUUGUAAACUGUAAACAAUAUUUGUACGGUGUAGUUAUACAUUAAUUUAUACAUAUAAUAAGCUUUGUUAUUUACUUAUAACUUCUAAUUCGUAUGAUUUUUUGAUUCUUCUACACCUUAUUAGGCCACACGUAAUCCUUAAUUGACUUAACGCCUUGGUAACCCUUUAAACAAACAAAGAAGUGCCAUAGUAAGUUCCGGUAGCUUGCGGUAAUACGAAUUAGUCAUUGUUUCCUAAUUGACUUUGCAAACAGUGACCCGACCUUGGUAUGAGGAGGGGAUUAUAUGUUCAUCCAGUUGAAUAGUCUCAUCAUCUCGCUCUUGAGGCCAAGAAAAAACAAGACCAGUCAUUAGGGUUAUGAGUUUAACGAGCUUAAGGAGAGGGUAAUAUUUGCAAUUUACUGGUCGGUAUUAGGUAGAAAUUGUAGGUUUAUAAAGAGUUUUAGAUUGAUAAGUUAAAGGUGAUUGAUAAUUUAGUGCUGAUAGUUUGUUAAGUCUGGUUCUAUCUUAUAGGUUGAGAGAGAUAUGAAGAAGGAUGGAAGAAAAUGGUAAACUUUUAAGAUUAUAAAAAAGGUAAUAGAAAUGAACUUUUAAAAUAAUUUCAACUUUUUUUCAAAAAUUACGUUGCCAUUAUUGACUUGCCUGAACGUAAAAGGCAGAGAACGGCACUAUGCGCAAAUAAACGCCGUGCUAUUCUUCCCAACGGUUUCACGGCAUUUUUUGAUUAAAUUUCAUUUUGUGUUUAUAUGGGGAAGGGGGAGGGGGAGGGGUGUAAGAGUGAAUGUUUUUGGCUUUAAACAUGGCUAGCAAUGUUUGCUAAUGGCUAGAUUUAUGGGAUUUUGAUAAGGUUUUGUACUCUUAUAUUGUGUUAGUGUGUUUUAAUAGUACGAGCGGAAGAAAAUAGGUUUUAAAAUAGAAAAAUAGUUUUUCAGCGAAAAAAUAAUGGCAGAUAUACUAAAAAUGGUUAGUAUAAUAUUAUAUGGGGCUUUAGUGCUUUGUUUUUGUCUUUUUGGAUUAAAUUAUCUAUAAGUUCUUGAAUAUGUUUUAAAAUUAGAUAGGUAGUGUUAUUGUUUCUGCAUAGUUCUUGACCAGCCUUAAAAUUUAAAUUUAAAAUUACAAUUUACUUUUUUCAAAAAUCUAAUUUUUUUUGAAUUUUUAAAUUUAAAAAUGUAUUUGAUUUUUUACACAUACCGCUUAUUUUUUCGUAAUUUUACUGUUUUAUAUGACCUUUUGAACAUACGGUUGUACGACCAUAACAGCGGCUAAUAUUCCUCUGAAUGGUUGUCCUCAGUUUGGGCAUAUCCGGCGCUAAAUACCUCCAUUAUCGUAUUCAUAGUGACAAAGCGAGUGUAAAACAUAAUGGAAUAAAGAGUUCCGAAGAGAGACAAAGGUGGUUGGACCUUCCUUUCUUUUUACCGACAUUUGCAGGAUUUCCGGCAAUGAUUUUUUGGGAUUCUGUUGGGGACGAGAGCGGGGUGUGUUUUGUAGGUAUGGAAGGUUGGGGUUGUUAUGCUAUGUCUAUAUAGUGUUUUUUAUAUUAUUUUGAGCUUUUAAUUACUUUUAUUGUAUUUUUAACUACUUUACCUUGAUAUUUUAUGUAAAAUACGGUCAUUUCUUGUGUUCUACUUGUAGCAUCUUCAUUACUUUUUUGUAAAGAUCAAAAACGUGUUAAAAAUAUGAUUUUAGAAGCCUUCCACACCCAGCCCAAUCAGAAGAAACAAAAAUCCUCACACCUUCUUGUUCAUGACAUUGUAGACAUACCUACUAAAACACAAUCGGUAGAAAGGAAGAAGAAACCCCAUCCCAAGAGAAAACAUCGUAAGAAAGAUCGGAACAGGACGCGGCCAAUUAGCAUGCCCUUGGACGAUGAUCUGUUCAUCGAGCCGGCUGGAGAUUACGAUGUUGUCUAUGGCGAUUACAAUAACACGUAA